UUUUGUUUUCUUCCUUUGAGAAAUUUUUCCUUAUACUUCGUUAUGGUUCAGCUUGCUGCUGAGGCUGGCCGCCUCUCCAGGAACAUCAUAAACCAUGGCUUCGCUCUGUCCGACUUUGGGGACAUGAAUGAUGUCAGGAAGGUCCUCCAAGACCUCACAGCGGAGAGGCAGAUCUACCAGGAGGCUGCCGAGCGCCAGGAGGCAGCGGCCAAGGCCAAGGAAGAGGAGGCCAAACGGAGGGAGGCUCAGGCGGAGGCCAUGAUCCGGGACGAGGCUCAGCGGAGAGACAAGAUGGAGGCCCAUCAUCAGGAGGAACUAAGGGCUCAAACCGAGGCUGCCGAGAAGGCCAGGCGAGAUCUCCGGGAGGCCAGGGAGGCUUUGGAUGAAAUGGCCGCCAAGGUGAGAUCUCUAGAGGAGACUCACCAGUCGGACAUCGAAUCCAAGGCCGCUCUAGCUGCGGAGUUGAAGGAGCUUAGGGAUUUCAAAGAACAGUCCACCAGGAAGGCCAAGAGGGCCGAGCUCCUUUCUCCUGUUUCCUGCGCCCGGUGCCCGAAGCGCUUUGAUGAUGGUGUCUAUAUGGCUUGGGCCACCAAUGAUCAGAGUAUCAAGCUUACUUUUUAUCCCAAACCCGAGGAGAUGAUUGCCAGAUUUCGGGAAAAGAAGAAGAAGCUUGAUGCUGCGCUUGAGGCACGGAUUGGACCUCGUCUUCCUCCGCGGGCUGACUGAGCUACCGUAUUAUUGACCCAGAUUCUACCCGUUUCUUUUAUAACUCUUUUUUUUUUGUUUGUACAUAUUUGCUGCUGCCUUAGAACAAUUUACAUAUAGGCGGCAGCUUUCAUUUGAAGGGGAGACAAUUAUAUUUUAAGGCCUGUCCCCGGGCCAUUUAUAUGUAUAUGACCUGCCCUUUGGGCUAGGAUAUUUUUUUUAUAUAUGCGAUCUUUAUUUGUCACACUUAUAUAUUUUAACCUGUCCUUUGGCUCAGGGUUUUUAUACUUAUGCUUUUUAUUUUUGCGCAUACUUUUUGACCUGCCCUUUGGGUCAGGAUAUUUUACUUAGUUUGUUUUUGUUUGUCCGUGCGGUAUACCCUAGUACCCCCCUGAGUGGCAUAGAAACUUUGUUUUUAAGGCACUCAGUUUUAUUUAAUAUAGAGGAGGCAUACAUUUGGACGGUACAAACCCUUUGAACAAAAUCUAAGUUUAAUUCGCUACUGGUAAUAUUUUCUGAGGUGAUCGGCAUUCCAGGCUCUUGGGACAGUAGUUCCGUCCAUUCUUUUCAGUUUGUAAGUGCCAGAACCGAUUUCGUCCUCGAUUUCAUACGGUCCUUCCCAAUUUGGUCCAAGUACCCCCACUCCGGGUUCUUGGGUGGCUGGAAAAACCCUUCUUAGGACCAUAUCCCCAAUAGCGAAUUUUCUGUUUUUAACCUUGGAGUUAAAAUACUUGGUCACCUUCUUUUGAUAAGCAGCCAUCCGUAUUUGAGACUCAUCUCGGAGUUCUUCGACUUGAUCCAAAGCCUCUUGGAGCAGUGCCUGAUUGGUGGCCGGAUCAUAAGUCGUCCUCCUGUGGGAUGGGAAUAAUGUUUCCACCGGGACCAUUGCUUCACAACCGUACGCCAUU